AUAAACUCUUUGGAUUUAAUAGCCUGUGAUAAUCUUUGAGGUUAGAGAAAAUUUUCUAACAGUGAAUAAACUUAAAGUUUUUUUUCUACAGUGAAUAAACUUUUUGAAAUUUAUUUAACUAAUUGGAGUUAGUCUGUUUGAAUAGUACACCAAAAAUCUUCAAAAUGCGUCCACCUAUAUUAUUGCUAAAAGAAGGGACAGAAGAUAGUCAAGGUAAAUCGCAACUUUUGUCUAACAUAACUGCUUGCCAAGCAGUUGUAGAAGCAAUCCGUACAACUUUAGGUCCACGAGGAAUGGACAAAUUGAUUCUUGAUAGCCGUGGAACAGUAACUAUUUCUAAUGAUGGAGCUACCAUAAUGAAAAUAUCUGAUAUUGUUCACCCAGCAGCUAAAACUUUAGUUGAUAUUGCAAAAUCUCAAGAUGCAGAAGUUGGUGAUGGAACUACUAGUGUUGUUUUACUUGCUGGAGAAUUCCUUAAGCAAGUAAAGCCAUAUGUUGAAGAAGGAGUACAUCCUAGAAUUAUCAUCAAAGCAUUAAGGAAAGCAUUGAAAAUUGCCUUGGAUAGAAUUGAUCAAAUUGCUUUUAAGAUGAAAUUUACAUCUGAUGAUGAAUAUCGGACUUUUCUUCAAAAAUGUGCUGCUACAGCUCUUAAUUCAAAACUUAUACAUCAAGAAAAAGAAUUCUUUUCAAAGAUUGCUGUUGAUGCAGUAUUGUUAUUAGAUGAAUUAUUACCUUUAAAUAUGAUAGGUAUUAAAAAAGUUCAAGGAGGAGGUUUACAGGACUCGCAACUUAUUACUGGUGUUUCAUUUAAAAAAACUUUCUCAUAUGCUGGUUUUGAGAUGCAACCUAAACAUUACAAAAAUCCUAAAAUUGCUUUACUUAAUAUAGAACUUGAAUUGAAAGCCGAACGUUCCAAUGCUGAAGUGAGAGUGAAUACUGUUGAGGAGUUUCAAAAAGUAGUAGAUACUGAGUGGAAUAUUCUUUAUGAAAAAUUGGAGCAUAUUUACAAAAGUGGAGCACAAGUUAUUUUAUCUAAAUUGCCUAUUGGUGAUGUUGCUACUCAGUAUUUUGCAGAUAGAGAUAUGUUUUGUGCUGGUCGUGUUGUGGAUGAAGAUUUGAAACGUACCAUGAAAGCAUGUGGAGGUGUUAUUGUUGCUACUACUUAUGAUUUGAAUGAUUCUGUAUUGGGAAGAUGUGAAUCUUUUGAAGAAAAACAAAUUGGAGGUGAUAGAUUCAAUAUUUUCUCUGGUUGUCCUAAUGCUAAAGCCUGUACAAUUAUAUUACGUGGUGGAGGUGAGCAUUUGUUAGAUGAAACAGAACGAUCUUUACAUGACGCUAUUAUGAUUGUGCGUAGAACUGUAAAAAAUGAUUCUAUUGUAGCUGGGGGAGGUGCUGUUGAGAUGGAACUUAGUAAAGUUCUUCGUGAUUAUUCAAGAUCAAUAGCUGGCAAAGAACAAUUAAUAGUAGCAGCUAUUGCAAAGUCUCUUGAAAUAAUUCCACGUCAAUUGUGUGAUAAUGCUGGUUUUGAUGCCACAAAUAUUUUGAACAAAUUACGACAGAAACAUGCUCAAGGUGGUGUUGCUUUUGGUGUUGAUAUAAAUAAAGAACAUGUUGCUGAUAACUUUGAAGCUUGUGUUUGGGAACCAGUAAUUAUUAAAAAGAAUGCUUUAGCUGCUGCCAUUGAAGCUUCAUGUCUUAUUUUAUCAGUUGAUCAAACUGUUAAAAAUCCAAAAUCUGGUGGUGAUGAACAACAGGCACCUGGUCGAGGAAGGGGAAGACCUUUGUAAUGGAUAAUUAUUUGAACUACAUAAAUAAUUUUAUUAAUACCUUUUGUACAAGAUUUUUGUAUUUGUUCACAUACACGUUGAAUACUAAUAUUCCUUUAUGUAUAGUUUAAUAUACUAAUAUUUCUGAUAUUAAUAUUAAGUCUAAAAAUAUUUUCACUAAAAUAUCUAGAUAUUAAAAUAAAACUAAAAAGUUUUACUUAA